AUGUCUACGCAAGCGUACUACAAAGAGCGUCUCGGGUUCGACCCGCAAGAGGCGAUGCAAGAGAGCCUCAACGGAGGCGCGUACUACGACGGUCCCCAUCAGCCGAAGCGGCACCGUGGCGAGCAUCACGACAAACACGAUCAAGUGUAUGAGGAGAAUUUGACCAAAUUCAAAGAUGAACGGGAUGCAAUACAGAAAAAGACGUUCACAAAAUGGGUCAACAAACACCUGAAAAAGCACUGGAAAUAUUUGAAGACUUACACACGUCUUCACGUGUGCGAGAUCGUCAAUAACCAACCGUGUUGUCCUCCUCAACAAGUGAAUCGGCAUGUGAACGAUCUAUUUGAAGACCUGCGCGACGGACUCAACCUUAUCUCGCUGCUGGAGGUGCUUUCUGGCGAACAUCUCCCACGCGAGAGAGGUCGUAUGCGCUUCCACAUGCUGCAGAAUGUCCAGAUGGCGCUGGACUUCUUGCGCUAUAAGAAGAUCAAAUUGGUGAACAUCAGAGCUGAGGACAUCGUUGACGGCAACCCUAAGCUGACUCUUGGUCUCAUUUGGACCAUUAUCCUGCACUUCCAGAUUUCGGAUAUCGUAGUGGGCCAAGAAGCGAACGUUACCGCGCGAGAGGCGCUGUUGAGCUGGGCGCGUCGCUCCACCGCGAAAUACCCCGGCGUGAGGGUCUCCGACUUCACGUCUUCCUGGCGCGAUGGACUGGCCUUCAACGCGCUCAUACAUAGGAACCGCCCUGAUCUGAUAGACUGGCGUAAUAUCAGAUCAAGGCAGGUUCGCGAGCGGUUGGAGACAGCUUUCCACGUGGUGGAGAAGGAGUACGGCGUUACCAGAUUAUUAGACCCCGAAGACGUAGACACCCACGAGCCGGACGAGAAAUCCCUCAUAACGUAUAUCUCGUCUCUAUACGAGACGUUCCCCGAACCACCAGCGGUGCACCCGCUGUUCGACGCGGAGUCACAACGACGCGCCGCCGCGUACACCGAGCAGGCCGCGCAACAUCGCGCUUGGCUGCACGAGAAAUGCUCUCUCAUGCAGGACCGUGCUUUCCCGUCAACUUUGAUCGAGAUGAAGAAGCUGCUCAGCGAGAGCACGCGCUUCCGCAACGAGGAGGUGCCGCUGCGUCAGCGGGAGAAGCAAAAGCUCUUCCACCAGUACCGCGAACUGGAGAAAUACUUCGAGUCCGUGGGCGAAUGCGAAGUGGAACCUACCCUACGGCCCGAGGCGCUGGAGCAAGCGUGGGCGCGCCUGCUGAUGGCGCAGCAGGAGCGCGAGCGUGACCUCUCCGACGAGAUCCGCCGCCUAGAGCGCCUGCAGCGCUUAGCCGAGAAGCUACACAGGGAUAUCAAACAAACGGAAACGGGCUUAGAAAACGUAGAGCGUCACAUCGAGAGCGAGAUACGUCGCGUUGAACGCGGCGUUCAUCCAGCGGAAGCGAAACAGGCGGCCGAACAAAUCGAACAGGAGUUGCGAGCCAUGGAACAUACCAUACAGGAUAUGUUCCAGGACUGCCAAGCACUGAGAGAAGGACGUUAUCCACAGGCGUCGGAACUGCAUCGACGGGUGCAGCAGGUGCACGAGCGCUGGGUCGCGGCGCGGCAGGCGUUCACCGGGCGGCUGGUGGCGCGGCUGGGCUCGGUGCGGCUGCCCGUGCAGCAGACCACGGUGCGCCGCGAGACGCGCACCGUGCUGGAGACGCGCGUGCUGGACGCCGACCCCAGCUUCCACGCGCUGCACGCCGCCGCCACCUGGUGCCGCGACAGGCUGAAAAAACUUCACGAAUCCGAAUACGGAUCAGACCUACCCACCGUACAACAUGAGUUGGACAAACACCAGAGAGAGCACAAACAAAUCGACCAAUUCCACUCUAAGGUGGAGCAAUGUGUGCACAACAGAUCCAACUUUAGCGGCGAAGAACUUAACUUAUACAACCAACAUUUAAGUCAGCUACAGAAGUUGUAUGCUGAACUGCUAUCGACAAGUACAAAACGUAUGUCAGACUUGGACGCCUUACAAGACUUCUUGCAGUCGGCCACUGCAGAAUUGAAUUGGCUUAACGAAAAAGAACAAGUGGAAAUAUCCCGCGACUGGGCCGAUCCCCACAUCAAUCUUCCGGCCGUUCAACAUUACUAUGAACAACUGAUGUCUUCGUUGGAGAAGAGAGAGUUACAGUUCAGCAAUGUGAUAGACCGGGGAGAAGCUCUCAUCGCACAACAUCACCCUGCCACUAAAACUAUUGAAGCCCAUCUUCAGGUGAUGCAAUCUCAAUGGGCUUGGGUGCUUCAGCUGACUUUAUGUCUCGAAACACAUUUGAAGCACACUACUCAGUACCACAACUUCUUCGAAGAGGUGAAGGAAGCAGAGAAAUGGAUACAGAAGCGCGAGGAGGCGUUGAACUCGACGUUCUCGCAGUCGGAGUUCACGCUGGACCAGGGCGAGCGGCUGCUGAAGGGCAUGCAGGAGCUGCGCGAGGAGCUGAACGCGGUGGGCGCGCGGGUGGCGCGCGCGGCGCAGGACGCGCAGCUCGUGCGCCCCGUGCCGCUGCGCCGCGCGCCGCUCACGCGCCCGCUGCCCGCAGAGACCGUCUGCGCCUACAAGCACGCCAACGUGGCGAUAGAGAAGGGUUCGUCAGUGAGCGUGGUGGACAACAGUGGGCGCGUGCGGUGGCGCGUGCGCGUGGGCGGCGCGGGCACGGAGGCCGUGCUGCCGGCCGCCGUGCUGGCGCUGCCGCCGCCCUGCGCCGACGCGCUGCACGCCGCCGAUGCGCUGCGCAGCGCCUACGACCGCGUGAUCCAACUUUGGCAGAGAAAGCAGCUUCGCAUGCGACAGAAUAUGAUCUUUGCUACCAUCAAAGUCGUAAAAGGAUGGGACUUCCCACAAUUCGUAGCAAUGGGCGCCGAACAGCGCCAGGCUAUCCGCCGCGCGUUAAACGAGGACGCGGAGAAACUGCUGGGAGAGGGAGAUGCGGCCGACCCGCAACUGCGACGUCUGCGACGUGAAAUAGAGGACGUCAACCGACUAUUCGACGAAUUUGAGCGACGCGCUCGAACUGAGGAGGAAUCCAAGAAUGCAGCUCGUAUCUUCACAGAGCAAUCAUCCAGCCUGCUGGAAAGACUGGAGGUGCUUGAGAGACAGCUACAUGAACGUGUCGCGAGCCACAUCCCUCGUGACCUGGAUUCACUGGAACACCUGGUGCUGCAGCACAAGGAUUGGGAGAGCAGCUUACACACGCUUUCCGGGGAUGUGGAGGAGGUUCAGAACACCUUUAGAGGCAUCGCCCUUAAGACCCCGGCUAUGAAGAAGAGCCUGGACAAGGUCAUCGGCAAAUGGAACGACAUGCAAUCAAAGAGCCAACUGUUCGUCGAGAGGUUGAAGUUUGUCGAGAUCGUCGUGAACAGUAUGGAAGAGAACAAUCAGACGAUAUCCGAGUUCGAGAUGAAACUCGCCCAAUUCCACGAAUUGCCCAACGAUGUGGAAUUGCUGAAGGACAUGCACGAAGACCUGCUACGUAUGCAAGUGGCGGUCAGCAAGCAACAGAUCCAGAUCGAUCAGAUGAACGACGACGCUGAGAACUGCAGGCGUUUGGUGGAGAGCUCGAGGGCUGGGCUGCCACACACCUCACUGCCCAGGGCUGGGAAACACGUAGACCUAGAAAGGCUGGAUAAAGAAGUAUCACAGCUGAACAAUAGGUGGAAUAGUGUGUGCAGUCAGCUGGCGGAAAGGUUGCGAAGUCUCGAAGCGGCGUACCAGAUGCUCCGCAACUACAGCACGGGCCUGCAGCAGGAGGUGGACUGGGUGGACGGCACCUACAGCCGCCUGCAGCAGCAGCCGCGCGCCAAGGAACAUCACCUGGAGCCCACCCGCACUCUACUUACAAGUGUCGUUGAGAGGACACCAAAGAUAGAGAAGGUUAAUGUAGACGGCGGAAGAUUUAUACGUGAGGCUAAGAUCCACGCGUCGAGGUGUCAACGUUACGCGGAGUGGCUGUGCGAUGAGAUCCACCCGUCGCUGGACACGCGCCAGCUGCGGCGCCAGGCCGACGCGCAGCUGGCGGCGCAGCAGCGGCGCCGCGGCACCGGCUCCCCGGAGCGUGGGCCGGCCGUGCCCGGCGCGGACGCCGUGGCCAGGGAGCUGGACGAGCUCAACGCCAAGCACCAGAGGCUGCUCGAUAUGCUGUACGAGAGGCUGAGGAGGAUAGCGGCCGCGAAUCCGGCAGAUAUCGUUACUUUGCGGCUGGUGGAGGCGAUGGCACCCCGAUCGGCAAGAACUUUCCGCCAAGAAUUCAAUAUGCAGGAUGUUGCGACUACUGAGCAUACAUACUCUACUUACACUUCAGAGAAAUAUAUGAGGACUUCACAUUCAACGGAACUAGACGGUCAAGUACAAAAAACAAUGGCCAAUGGAAAAAUAAGCUCGCCUUCUUACGCCACUAAAACAGUUAUCACAGAAGAAGACAGACCUGAUGUAAGAAAGCUCAAACGAGUACAUAAAAUGUACGAAGGACCAAAUAUAAUAGAGUCCCGAGGUAUAAUUCACCCGGAAACAAGAGAAAUUUUAACAGUUGGUCAAGCAAUAAGUAUGAGAAUACUCGACGUUCGAACGGGACGACUUCUAUCCUCUCCCGAGACGAGACACACCAUGACAAUAGAACAGGCAGCGAAAGAAGGUCUAAUCGAUCCAAAACUUGCUGCAAGGUUAACAGGACCAUGUGGAAUGACGGAAGAUGGUAAUGAAGUAACGCUUUUAGAAGCAAUCCAAAGGGAGCUUUAUGAUGCUGAACAAGGAUUGACAGAUCCAGCGGAAAAAAGAAUAAAGGUAACUGUCGAAGGCGAGAAAUUCAGCACACAAGGAAUGAGUAUUUCAGACGCAUUAAAUCGUGGUCAGGUCGACUUACAAAGAGGUCUCUAUAGGCUUCCGAACGGCAGCUAUAUCACUAUUGCUGAAGCUUAUCAACGAGGUUAUCUUAUUUACAAAGAAAUAAUUAAAAUAAAAUCAAGCGCUUUGUCUCUUUCCGAUGCUAUUAGUCAGGAUCUAGUAGACAACAAUGGUUGGAUAUUGGACAGAAAUUCGGGCGACAGAUUCCAAUUAGAUGUUGCAAUUAAAAAUGAACUAAUCAAUACCGAUUUAAGAGAAGUCGUUGAUCCCAAAAAUGACACCAAAAUAACGCUUGCUGAAGCUAUAGAUAGAAAUAUUAUUAAUACAAAGCACUCUAAGUAUGUACAUAAUAUUACAAAAGAAAAAUUAACCUUCAAAGAUGCAGCGAGUAAACGUUAUAUCAGUAAGCCCAUGACCCUUAAAGAUGUUUGUGAUAGUAAUUUAAUGACGAACGAUGGCAAGAUCCUUUCACCAACUAAAAAAAUACCCCUCAAUAUUUUAGAGGCCAUUUCAACAGGUGUUCUUGACAGCGAUAAUGUAAAAUGUAUUACUGAUACUACCACUGGUCAGCUAUUGAGUUUAUCUGAAGCUUUAGGAGCGCGUAUUAUAUUACCUGAUAACAAAUUCCGUGACAAUUUAACGGGUGAACUUUGCACAAUACCCGAAGCAGUCGAUCGCGGCUUAAUCACAUCCGUUUCUCAAAGAUCUAUCUUUGACAUUGAUGGAUUUAGGGAUCCAAAAACUGGUGAAUUUGUUUCUUUUAAUAAUGCAUUAAGCAAAGGUUAUUUGAAGUAUGUUAAAGGCGAAACUUUCCUCAAAUCAGAAAGUGGAGAUUUCGUUUAUCUUGAAGAUUGCACUAAAGUUUCCAUAGUACGUCCUGAAGUUUUAGAGAUGUUUAACCGAAAGAUAGGUAUUUUUGAAAAUGACAAAGAACUAUCUGUAUUAGACGCGGUGUUUAAAAAUAUAUUAGAUCCUAAAACUGGUCAUUUACUUGACUUAACGACUAAAAAACCUAUCCCAUUUAAUAAAGCUGUAGAAAUAAACAUGAUAACGCCUGAGGGUGCCGCUUUAUUAAAUUCUCUCUUAAACAUUACUCUAACUUUACAGACUGUAACAAAGACUGUCAAACGAUACGUUACAGUGACAAAUACAAAUUCAUCUCAUCGAUCAGAAACUAUCAUUACAUUUGCUGAGGCCAUUCAACGUGGUCUUAUUGAUGAAACUACUCAAACGUUUACAGAUCCUACAACCGGAACAGUGUUUCCGAUUCAACAAGCGCUGGACGAAGGUUUGUUAGGCGUAGAUAAAAAUGAGCCUCGAGUUGCUCGCCUGUCUGAUAAAGUAAGUAAAAAAGACUUAGUGCCUGGUCAAGUUGUUGAGCUAAAAAUUACAAAGAAAUCUUUUAUUAAAGAUCUACCUCCAAGUCCUGAAAGUAAGUUGCAAAAAGAUACCAAGCCUGAAACUGUUAAAAGCCCAGAUUACACUUUUAGGGAAGCUCAUCGACCGCGACAGGACAUUACACAUGAGAUUAAAACCGUAUCAUCGAAAUCCACAUCUUUAGAACCCACUGUAACUUCCCUAACAAUAAAAAAGAACACUAUUGAACUACCUCGCGGCGGAUGGUCUCUUAAAGACGCGAUUCAACAAAACCUUUUUGAUCCUUCUUCCGGUAUGUUUAUAAUUCCUGGUACAGAUAGAAUUUUAAACUUAGAAGAAACUUUAAAACUAAACAUUAUAAAUCCGGAAUCGGCUAAUAUAGUAGACCCUAAAACUAAAAAAGAACUUCCGUUGUACAAAGCAGUCGUAUUACAUAUUCUAGAUUCAGUGGGCCGGUAUAAACAUGUAACAGAAACUUUAACAAUGAAAGAAGCAAUUGAGCGUAAAUUUGUAUCAUUUGUGCAAUUAACGCCAUCUGCAUCUAUUCAUAAAGUUAUAACAAUUACUUCGAUGGCAGGUAUGCCCGAUAAAAUGGAAAUAUCGGAGGUAGAACCACAAAGCGUAGUCAAUGAAGAAUUAACAGCAUUAGAACCAGUACAGGUAAUACCGGGUGUUAUUUUUGAUCCAGCGACAGCAUUAGUUAUUUCAACUACAUCAGGAAUAUCUGAAAACAUUGUAGAGGCAGUAGAUCGAGGUGUUGUUCCUAGGAAUACUGUAAAAGUUUUAGAGACCCAUACGGGAAAAAGAAUAUCCUUAGAGCAAGCUUUCGAAAAAGGAAUAAUUGACAAAAACUCUGGGGAAUACAAUGAUAAGCAUGGUAACAAGAUAAGCUUGGCUGAUGCAGCUAAAGUCGGUCUCGUUGCUGUAGUAGGGGCUCCUUUAGUUGCAGCUUCUAAAAUUAUUAAAGUUGUAAAGGACACAAUGGUAGUUGAUCCACAAACUGGAGAGAAUGUUCCUAUGGAAGUUGCAUAUGAAAGAGGACUUGUAGACUCAACAACCUACAAAAAAUAUGAGGAUUCAUUAAAAGAGAAAUCACCGGAUAUCUCAUUUUCAUCAAAUCAAACAGGAAAACAAAGUACAACGGAAUCAUUAUCGCGGUUAAGUGAAAAUGAUAAUAAUAUUUCUGUUAAGGAAGUGUUCAAAAGAGGUAUAGUAGACAAAAACGUGCAACAAAAAACUGAAACAUCGUCUGUAACAACAUCAACCAAAGUAUCUGAAAUUAUUACAAAUGAGGCAUACGAAAAGAGAUUGGUUGAUCCUCUGGUUUAUAUUAAACAUCGAGAAUCUGUCAAGGAUUUGUCACCUGAUGAAACGUAUACAGUUAAAGAAACAAAUAAAUCUUUAGAUCUAAACAAAAUGAAUAAACCAAUGUCAGUAGGCGCAGCUGUAUCAGAAGGUUUUAUAACUGUAGAAUCAAUACAAAACAGUAUAUUGGCUAAUACUGUUAGUAAAGAGUUUUCGUCGGAUAAACAUAAAAAUAUCCGUCCAUCACAUGUUAUUCAAAUUAACAAGAAAUAUGUCGAUGAAAAGCCUAAAUACCAUGCCAUUAAAAAUAUUAAAAGUGAAUGUGUUGAGUCUAAGCCAAUUAUAUUAUCGAAACUAAGAAAGCGAGUUAUUAGUCCUCUCGAAGCUUUGGAAAAGGGAUUAUUAGACGAGGAUACAGCUAAAAUGUUGGACUCUAUCAAAAUAUACAAAGACAAAAAUGACCUACCUAUUACACUUAAAAAAGCAAUAGAAAUAGGACUUAUCGAUGAAAAUAAAGGAAAAAUCGUGGAUCCAAUUCAUGGCGAUUCGCUCACAAUUAAGGAAGCCAUUAAAAGAGGUAUUUUAGAUGAAGAAUGCCAAGAUGAAGUAUUAAUUCCUACUGCUAGAAGCUUAUCGAUCCCAGAAAUAAUGCAACAGGGAUUAUGGGAUCCUGCUUCUGAAAAAAUUAUACAUCCUGAGACUGGUAGUCUUCUCACACUUAGAGAAGCGAUCAUUUGUGACAUUGUUGAUCCACUAUCUACAGUUACAAUAGCUCCUGGUAAUGAUAUAACCCUUGCACAAGCUAUGGAAAAGAACUUUAUCGAUAAUGAAAAAAAUGUAGUGAAAACGAGUGAUGGUGUUUUAGACUUAAUAUCAGCAGUAAAUGCAAGAAUUUUCCCUGAAGUUCAAGUUAAACCUUUGGAAAAGAUUCCCUUAGCUGCAAUGACCCUUUCGGUGGCAAUAAAACAAAGUUUAUUGAAUCCAAUAAAGGGUGAAAUAAAACAUCCUCUGACUGGUGAAAUAAUUCCUCUAGAAGACGCCGUAGAAAAGGAUUUAUUGAUGGGAAUCCCGUAUCCACAAACACCUAACACACUCACUCUUAAAGAAGCAGUCGAUAAAGGUAUAGUAGAUUUGUUGAAUUACACCUUCACUGAUCCAAACACGAAAGAGUUAUUACCUGUCGAUAAAGCAAUGGAACAAGGAUUGGUGGCCAUAAAACGUGAUCCUGAAAUAUCAGAUAAAAGUAGUGUUGUGACUACCAUUACUGAAACCUUUUCAUCACAACAUACAGUGACAACUAAAAUGGUUGAACUUCUGGCAGACUACGUAUUAAUUAGCGCUAACGAAGUACAGAACACGAAAACGGGAGAAAUAAUUUCGAUAGAAGAGGCACGAUUAAAAGGUAUUAUUAGAGAUGAACAAACAAAUAAAGAACAGUUUAUAACAAGUGAUUCCAAUAUAAGUUUUAACGAUGCCUUAAUGUGCGGUUAUAUUAAUUUAGCAAAAGGUACGUUCACUCAUCCUACGACUGGGGAGACCGUUAGUGUAACGGAUGCUGUUAACAGUGGAUUAUUAAACACUGAAAUUCAAUCCAAUACUAAAACUGAAAUAAGAACACAGGAUUUAAAUAUGCUGGAUCUUAAUGAAGCAUUUCAAUUACUCUUUGAUGAAAAAACUCAAAAAUUCAAAGAUCCUAAUUCACCAAAUAAGGUAAUUACCUUUAAAGAAGCUCUUGACAGAAAAUUAAUCAAUCCUGAGUCUAUUAUAUAUAGAUUAGGUUCAGAUAAACCCUUAACUUUACAAGAAGCUGUCGAAUCAGGCGUCUUAGAUACAAAGAGUGGAAAAUUAAAAGAACCUAACUCUGGCAAAUCGUUUGAUGUCAGAAAAGCAGCAAAGAUGGGUUUGUUAGCAGUCGUUGCAGCACCAGUGUUAGCUGGCAUGGCUGUCGUUCAAGGAGCUCAAGCUGUCACUAAUAAGGUUAUACCUAAACCAAAAGAUUCUGUUGCUACAAAAAUUACUAAUAUCGUGCCGGAAAAGGAGGAGACACAUGCGGUGCGUAUUACAGCUCAGAAAACAACAUUGGAAACUACAGAAAAUGAUAAUAAAGACAACAUCAAGAAAAUAAAUAUAAAUACAAUAUUUUUAAAGGGAUCUCAAGAUGAAACUCCUACUGCACAGAAACCGGUUGAUAAAAGUGAAAAUAAAGAUAUUUCACGAAAAGAUCAACAACCAAUUAUAAAAGCAGAAAGUUAUAAAAAAGGGUCUGAUGAAUUGUUAGAAAAUAAGCAGUCUGUACUAAUUUUGAACAAAAAAGAAAACACGCCUUCACAACCAUUAAUAUCUCAGGACUCAUUGGAAGAAAAAAUGUCCAAGUCGUCAUUAACGAAACAACAAGACCAAAAAGAUUUUGAAAUGAUAUCUCGUAAUAUAGAAAAAUCAGCUGUGAUUAAGGAGGAGGACUUGAACAAGAAAGAAAAUACAUCUCCACAACCAUUCACAUCUCAGAACUCGUUGCGAGAAAAAAUGUCCAAGUCGUCAGUAACGAAACAACAAGACCAAAAAGAUUUUGAAACGACAUCUUCUAAUAUAGAAGAAUCAGCUGUGACUAAAAUUGAUUUAGACAGAAAGGAUCAAAAAGUUGAUAUUAAGUUUUCUUCUAAAUAUGAUUCAAAUGCUAAGGUUGAAUGUGGAUAUGAAGUAAAAAUAUCAAAACCAGAAGAAAAUAUACUUCAUACUGACAUCAAUUUAAAAGAGGUAAAUUCCAAACAUUUGAAUAAAGACCUCUCCAAUGUUUCGGAAUUCACACAGGAAGACAAGUCAGAGCCUGUUUAUGACGAUAAAGAGAAAAAAGUUUUAGAUCAACCUUCUACUGCUCAAGAUUUCCGGAGUUAUGUUCCUGGUAGUGAGGAAAUUACCGAAGCUGAAAAGAUGAUCUCUAAAAACAUACUUCCAGAAUAUAUUCGCGAGUAUAGUGAUCCCGUAAUAUCAAAAGCUACCGAAGUUACCACAAUGGUGAAUAAAUCAAACCAAAAUCAAACUAGGCCUUAUAUCGUUACUGAAGACAAAAGCUUACCUUCCAACAUUCAUACACAUAUUGACAGUCAUCAAUUACAAGUCGUGUCACCAGAUCAAGUUGAUAAAGCUUUAUGUAAAGUGCAAGAUGCUGACAAAUCAACAAGAACAGAAUAUCCCCAAGAUUCGACUUAUAUCUCUAGCAAAGAAAAACAUUCAGAUUGUGUUAGGGCUGUUGUUGAUACAGAACAAUUUAAAACAAAUAAAUCUGCAAGUCAAAUAGAAAAACAAAUUACAGAAGUAGCUGAAAUCAACAAAUCAGAAAGUCCCCUUGAAGUAGCAACAGGGAUAAUUUAUGAUCCCGAAACAAAAACAGUAAUGUCUACCUCUUCCGGUUUGCAAGAAGAUAUCUUCACUGCUGUUAAUAAAGGCACUAUUUCCGUUGAAUCUGUAAAAAUUUUAGAACCUGUAACUGGAAAAGAAAUGACUUUAAAGCAAGCCAUUGACAAUGGUAUUGUUGACAGGGAAACAGGCAGUCUUAAAGAUAAAACAGGGAAAUCUAUAACUAUUGCCCACGCUGCUCAAAUAGGAUUAGUGGCUGUAGUAGGAGCACCGAUUUUAGCAGCUUCUAAAUUGAUUGACGUUGUCAAAAGUGCUGUUGUAGAUUCCAGUUCUGAUAAUCAGAGUCAAUUAGAAAAAACACCAACUAAAAGUUUAAUUUACCCGGACACCCCUGUUGAAUUUUCUAAACCAAAAAUAAGUGAGAAAACUAAACCCGUUCCUGUAUCGCAAAUAUUGGAUUCCGACAAAGACGUAGAAAGUCAGAUUUCUACUGCCGUUAUGCACUCCUCGCAAGUAACACUUUCAAAAACAUCUGUACAAAUCCCAACUCAGUUAACUUCAUCAAUUGAAAAUACAUUAUUACAGAACGAAAUCGGUGAACGCUUACAUACAGAUGCUAAAACUAUAUCAUCUAUGUUUAUUGAUGCUGAAAAGCAGCCCCUAAGAGAUGUAGACGAAAUUACUGAACAUAAUGUAACAAAAGUAAAGGCGGAACAAGUUAAGCCACUUUAUGAAAACGUACCUUUAAUUGAUGCCAUUGUAGAAGGUAAAAUAGAACCCAAAGUAUGUAGGAUUAUAAUAAAUAAUAUUGAGUCUCCGCUCACAGUUCAAGACUCACUAGAACAAGAACAAAUUAGUAGAUUCACACCUGUAGACGUAAUUUCUAAAAACUGCGUGGUUGUAAAACAAUUUAAACCAAGGUAUAGCAUUUCGAUUUCGCAAAAGUUAACCCCUGAGGAACUAUCCGAAAUGGGAGUUUACGAUAUAGAAAAACAAAUAUUCUUAAACCCUGAAACUGGCUCUAAAAUUACUUUUGAGGAACUUGUUUAUGGCUUACAUAUUUUUGAUCCAACAACCAUUUUAGUUAAAGAUCUAAAUUCGAAAUCCGAUAAUUAUAUAACUUUUGAUGAAGCUAUUGCUAGACCUAUUAUUGAUAAAACAACUGGCUAUAUGGUUAACCCUAAAACAGGAAAGCGUGUUUCAUUUUGGGAAUGCGUCCAAAUAGGUUGGAUAGUUGAACAGCCAGAAGAUGUUUCAGUUUCUGAACAAACGACUUUAGAAACAGCUUUUGAAAAGGGACUAUAUAAUCCUAAAACUGGUGAGAUCCAAGAUGUCAAUACAGGAAAAUUAAUAUCAAUUGGUGAGGCAGUUGAAAAACACCUAGUAGAUCAUGAAUCGUUACUUAUAAAAUUACCUCGUUCUAAUAAAACUAUCUCAUUAUCAGACGCUAUAGAUCGAGGUAUUAUAGAAAUACAUAAAGGAGUCAUUACGGUUAUUGAAACACGUGAAACUAUGGAAAUAUCUGUCGCAAUACAACGUGGACUCAUGACCAUCAUUCGACGGCCAAUUUCUAUUGAAGCAGCUAUUGUCAAUGACAUGUAUGAACCCACGUCAGGUAAAAUCAAAGACAAUGUUACAGAACAAUUCAUAUCUGUCGAAGAUGCAGUUGAUAGAAAUAUUGUUCAUCCUACUAUAUCUGAAGUUAAAGAUACUGCGUUAGAAAAAUUCAUUCCCCUUUCUGAAGCUCUUGAAAUGAAACUUGUUGAUCCUAAUACCGGAAAAUAUAAGGAUAAAAAGACUGGUAAGGUUAUUCCUUUAGAUGAUGCGUUGAAAAAGGGUCUAAUCGCGACGAAAGAUGUUACGUUUUCAUUAUUCGAUGUUAUUGAUUUGGGCUAUUACUCCCCAGACACUGGUCUUGUGCUAGACCCGAAGUCUGGUCAUAAAAUAACACUUAAAGAAGCUAUAGAGACGAAACUAAUUGAUCCUUCUGAUGUGAAAAUUAAAGAAGAUAAAUCAGAAGCGGUUAUAACUUUCAAACAGGCUGUAACAUCUGGUCUGUUAGACUUAAAACGUGGUAUUAUAACCACUCCACUUUCUAACCUUAAAGAUGCUUCUGAAAAAGGUUAUUUAUUAAGCGAUAAAAAACCAAUGUCUUUACAAGAGGGAUUGGUUCAGGGCUUUUAUGAUCCAGAUACCGGCUUUUUAACUAUUAACAAUAACACUAUGACCCUAGAUGACGCAAUUAAAAUCGGUAAUAUCAAUCCAGAAGCCUUAACUGUUAAGGAUUCUAGUUCGGGAGAAAUUAUUUCGCUGUCAGAUGCCAUUAAAGAAGGAAUAAUUGACUCUAAGGAAGGUAAAGUUAUAGACCCCGUACAGGGAGAUAAAAUAUCAUUAAUUGAUGCUUCUGAACGAGGUUUAAUAAUUCCUGCUAAACGUAAACUGAGUUUACCAGAGGCCGUUUUUAAAGGAUUUUAUGAUCCAAAAACUGGUAAAUUUUCUCAUCCUCAAUUUAAAGACAAAAUAGCAACAGAUAGGGCAAUUAAAAAACGUAUGUUAGAUCCUCAGUCAACCCUUGUACAUAUUGGAGGUAAAGUGAUACCAUUUGAAUUUGCCGUCGAUAAAGGUAUUGUGGAUGGCAGAACUGGUACAAUUGUGCUAGGUGAUGAAAAAAUAGAUUUCCGAGAAGCUUUUGAAAGAGGCAUUUUAGUUGAAGUGCGGAAACCUUUGUCAUUGAUAGAAGCGCUUGAAAAAGGCGUUUACAGUGAAAUAACAGGGCUUUUUAUGGAUCCGCAAAGUGGUAAAAAAUACACACUAGCAGAAGCCAUCAAAAUGAACCUAAUAGACCCACAUUCUGUACAUAUUCGGUACAACAAAUUAGGCAAAUGGGACAAUAUAACUCUAGCUGAAUCGAUAGAAAAUGGAGUCAUCGAUAAUAAGACAGGCAAAAUAAGAAAUAUCAAUAACGAUAACGAAGAGAUCAGUCUUCGUAAGGCAUUCGAAAUUGGCUUACUUGUAGACAGUAAAGCUCCUAUUAGCCUCCAAAGAGCGUUACAUCAGGGCUUGUAUGAUGAAAGUACUGGUAAAAUCAUUGAUCCAGCAACAACUCGUAAAAUCACUCUUCAUGAAGCGAUAAGACGCUCGAUUAUAAGUCCAAAAUAUCUAUGCUAUUUCGAUAAAAAAUCUGAAAAACCUUUAACAUUAACUGAUUGCUGUCGCAGCGAAAUCGUAGAUAGAAGAAGUGGGAAGUUUAUUGAACCAGGUUCUGACGUUCAAAUACCUCUAUCUGAAGCUAUGAGUUUAGGCCUUAUCGUUGACAUUGAAAGUGCAGGAUUUAGCUUAUACGAAACUUUAUCUAUGAAUAUGUAUAAUAUUACGGAGUUGUUAUUUAUUCACCCAGUUACUGAACGAAAACUUUCGCUUAAAUCAGCUAUCACUGAAGAACUCAUCAAUCCCGAUACGUCCCUUGUUAAAAAUAUCCCUUCAAGUAAAUACAUUAAAUUAACUGAAGCUAUACAAACUGGUAUUAUAGACGAAAAUAACAGCGUUUAUAUCUUGCCAAAUGGCAAUCAAAUCAAUUUAUUAGACGCGAAACACCGGGGUCUCAUUGUAAACCCCAAAAAGAAUCUCAGCCUCGAAGAAGUAAUUCGAAACGGCUUAUUUAGGGCAGACAAUGGAAAAAUAGUCGAUCCAAGUACAAAUGAAUUUGUUGACAUCAACAAAGCCAUAGAAAUUAACCUUAUUAAUCCUGAAUUAACUGUUGUUAAAGAUAACUUUACAAACAAGUUUAAACCUCUGCUUACUGCAAUACAACAUGGCGAUGUGGAUAUCACUAAAGGCAGAGUUCUCGAUACAAAAGCAAAGAAAACAUAUAGCAUUGACAUUGCUUUUGAUAAAGGUCUGCUCGUAACUAUUGUUCAACCCUUAACUUCGCAAACUAUUUCAAAACGUUACGUAACUGAUUCGUCUGCUUUAAACGAGCCAAUGUUAAGGGAGUUUACGUUAGAUGAAGCAAUUAAAUAUGAAUUUAUAGAUCCGGAAACUGCUUUAAUUAAAGAUCCUCAUAAAAACAAAUACAUUCCAUUAUCGUUAGGUUUAUCUGAAGGUAUCAUUGAUAAAAAUAUUAAGGGAUCUUUUGACACACAAACUGGUAGAUCACGUACGUUAUGUUUUGUUUUUGAAAAUAGCGUUAUAGUUUACGUUCGCGAGCCGCUUACGUUUGAGCAAGCGUUAGAAAAUGGUUAUCUCAAUCUUAAUACUGCUCGAUUUACUGAUCCACAUUCCAAACAAGUUUUAACUGUAAAAGACGCGGCCACUUUAGGCUAUAUUGAUCCAGACACAGCGCUUAUAAAAGAUAAUCUGAAAAAGAGACUAGUGAAGCUGCCAGAAGCAUUCCGAAAAGGGCUUAUGGAUGCUGAAAAGGGAAACAUUUUAGACACUGAGACCUCUAAACUUAAUACUUUGUCGGCGGCCAUUGAUAGUGGCCUCCUUAUGACUCCCAAGAAGAGCUUCAGUUUGAUUGAAACUUUAAAUUUCGGCAUUUAUAACCCAACAACAGGGGCAUUAAACGAUCCAUUCAUAACUACAAGCGUGAUGGAUAGAAAGAGACUAACACUUGGCGAGGCGAUCCAACAAGGAAUUGUGGAUCCAUCUAGUACUGUCGUCAAAGAGCCAGAAACAGGAAAGAUUUGGCCAUUGAUUCAAGCUAUAGAGCAACAACUGAUCAAUCCUGUUGAAGGCAGCCUAAUUAUUGAUCCACAAAAAGGCACUAGCCUCGAUUUAGUCAAGGCGCUAAAGAAGGGAUUUUUGCUGCCAGCAGAAACAAGGCAAGCAGUUGAGGAGAAAUAUAGACUAUGCGAUGAUACCCUUUCCAAGUUGCUGGAAUGGAUCGCCGAUGUUGAGCAAAAAUUGGCAAACCAGGAGCCAGUGAAAGAGAACAUGGAAGAGCUUCGUAAUCAAAUCAACGUUUUGAAGAUAAUUAAGGAUGACCUCGAGAGUCAUCAACGCCAGGUUUCAGCCUGUGCCGAUCAAGCCAAGCAGCUUCUUGUGUCCGGAGGCGAUGUGCUAGCACCUCAUGAGGUGGCAGCCCUUGAACGGGGAGUGCGUCAACUGAAACAGAAGUAUGACAGAUGCACUGAGAGAUCUGACAAGAUGCUGCGAAGGCUUGCAGCCGCCAAAGAUGAACUUGGCAAAUUCACGAACGAACUUAACGCCUUCGAAACGUGGAUGGACAGUGCGUACAGAAACCUGGAAGAUAAGGAAGCCGCACUUGCCAAUUUAGACAACCUGCCGUCGCACAGCGAGGAAGUGCGCGAGUUCGUGUCGGACGUGAUCGCACACCAAGCGGACUUGAGGUUCAUCACCAUGGCCGCACAGAAGUUUAUUGACGAGAGCAAGGAGUUCGCGGCGACAGUGAACGAUCAUCGGGCGUCAAUAGAGUCGCGCGGCGCCGCAUUAAGCGUCAGUGGCGAGCGCGUGCGCGAGGAGGCGGCAGAGGCGCGCCGGCGCCACGCCGAGCUGGCGGCGCGCGCGCAGCGCCUGCUCGAGCGCUUGCGUGCUGCCGACGCGCGCUUGCAGCGCCACCGCGCCGCGCUGCAGCGCGCAACGCGCUGGCUGCACGAGGUGGAACCACAAGUCAGAAUCGCCCUAGAAGAGGCGAUCGGUGGGGAGCCCCGCGCCGUUGAAUCACAACUGCAGCACAUCAAGGCCCUGCACAAUGAAAUACUGUCACAAGGACGUCUCAUCGACAAUGCUAAAGAGGCUUGCGAGCAGCUCCUCAGCAGCCUAGAAGGCAGCGUCACACCAUCAGAGAUGCGGCAACUGGAAGGACCGGUUAUAGAACUAACGGAACGUUACAACGAGAUCGGUAACGCGGUGGCGUCGCGUUGCGCCGAGUUGGAAGCAGCGUUGCUACAGUGCCAAGGACUCCAAGACGCCGCUGAGACACAAGCAAUGUGGCUCAAUCAGGCUGAAAAUAAUUUCAAGAGUCAAGUGAAGCCGGCGUCACUAAUCCGCGAGCGGCUCGACGAACAGAUCCGCGAGCAGCGCGUGUGGCACGGCGAGGCGGAGGCUCGGCGCGCCACGUUCGCCAAGCUGCUGGCCGCCGCCAGGGACGCCGCGCUAACGCCAUCUAACGCCAGAAUCGCCAAGAAGCUGGAGCAACGCGCUGAGGACAUGUACUCUAGAUACGAGAAGCUGGUGGAGAAGUCGAGCCGGCGCGGGCAAUUCCUGGAGGAGGUGAGCGGCGACCUGAGCCGCUUCACGCAGCAAGCCGGCCGCCUGGAGUCUGCGCACGCGCAGCUGCUGCAGGCGCUGCAAGAUCCGCGCGCACACGACCUGCCCGCGCUCAGGGACAAACAAAUGCCUCUACUAGAGGAGUGCCUCCAUAUCGGCAAACAACUUCUCGCCAAGAAAGACAUCACCGACACCCAUGUUGUGCGUGACAGGAUGAAGGCUCUGGAGAACUUAUGGCGCGACUUCAAUACCGCACUGGAAGAGAAACAGAAGCUAUCUAAACAACGUGCCGACCAACUUAAUCAAUACGAGUCGCUCAGGAUUCAGGUGCAAGAAUGGCUGCAGAUGAUGGAGGAGAGGGUAGCUCGCUUGCAGCCAGUGGCUGUUGACUUGGACAUUUUGAAGACACAGCACGAAGAGUUGCGACCGCUGACCAAAGAGCACAGAGAUUUCUCUAUUACCAUCGACAGGGUUAACGAAGCCGCUGCUUUGUAUGAAAAUCUAACGAGGGGCGACCGUGCCGACAGUCCACACAGAAGAAGACAGAUAUACAGCCCGACAAAGAGGCAAACACCAACUCGUUCGUUGGACGCGAGAUCGCCGUCACCAACCAAAGGUCACUUAGUGAGCCCUGGGUCUCACUCAACUUCUAGUGGGUUCUCGUCGCGUCGCUCCAGCCAAGAUGGCUUCCAUCUUGAAGAUCUUUCUCCAGUGCAGCAGCAUAUUUCCGACAUCAACAAUCGGUACGGGCUGUUGGGCAGCAAGCUAUCCGACCGCCAGGCCGAGAUCGACAAUAUCAGGGAGGAAAUUAGGAAGCAUCUCGACAACUUGCGCACACUCAACAAUUUCCUUGACAAGGUACAAAGACAACUGCCGAAGGAUUCCGUUCCCAACACGAAAGAAGAAGCAGACAAGACGAUCAAACAAGCGCGAGCCGUACUCGAGGAGAUGUAUGAGAAACAGAGCUUAUUGGACUCUACUAAGACCCAGGUCCGCGAACUUCUUAAGCGCAAACAGAGCGUACAAGGCGCGGAUCGACUGCACGAUGAGAUGGAGGACGUCGCUUCCAGGUGGAAGUCACUUCAUGAUGCCUUCAAAGACAAGAUCCAACUAAUGGAAGAGAUGAAGGACUUCCAUGAUACUCACAGCAAUCUCUCUCAAUGGCUCGGCGCAAAAGACCGCAUGAUGGCCGCUUUAGGGCCCAUCUCAUCCGACUCGAGGAUGGUGCAGACACAAGUCCAACAGGUGGUGGUGCUGCGCGAGGAGUUCCGCGCGCAGCAGCCGCAGCUGGCGCACCUGCAGCGCGUGUGCAGCGCCGCGCUGCAGCGCUUGCCGCACGGCGCGCCCGACGCUGCGGCGCUGCAGCAGCGCGUGCAGCUGCUGCAGCAGCACUGGGACCGCCUGCUCGACCAGCUGGAGCAGCGCGCGGCGAGCCUGGGCGCGGCGGCGGACUCGGCGCGCGAGCUGGACGCGGGGCUGGCGCGCAUGCGCGACGCGCUGCACGCGCUCGCCGACAGGCUGGACGCCGCGCCCAGCCAUCCCGCCGACGAGCGCCUGCGCACCAUCGAGAACUUGGAGAGGCAGCUGGAAGGGCAGCGGCCCCUGCUGGCGGACCUGGAAGCGGCAGGCGAAGCGCUGGGCGCAGUGCUGGGCGAGGCGGCGGCGCGGCAGGACGUGGCCGCCAAGCUGGCCGGCGCCGCGCGCCAGUACGACGCGCUGCAGCGCCGCCUUGACAUCGCCAAGGCCGAGGCCGAAGCUGCGCUCAAGGAAGGACGUAAUCUGGAAGAGAACGUGGCGCGCACAUUAGGCUGGCUACAGACGGAGCUGGUGGCGCUCCCGGGCCGCCUGCAGGUGUCGGCGGUGCGAACGCGCCUGCAGCAGCAGCUGGAGCAGCACGAGCCGCUGUACCGCGAGCUCACGCAGCGCGAGCACGAGAUCAUCAUGCUGCUGGACAAGGGCCGUGAGAUGGAAAAAAAACCUUCCCACGAAGGUCUUCGUAAAGACCUGGAUAGGAUCCAGACACAGUGGGACAAACUCAAACGAGAAACAGUCGACAGAUACACUCGCUUACAAACUGCUAUGGAACACUGCCGCAAAUAUAGCAAAGCGCAGGAAUCCUUCCUGCCUUGGCUUUCUGACACCGAGGAGCGUCUGGAAAAACUUCCUCCAACUGGAUUUACUAAGAAAGAGGUUGAAAAACUGCUGCGCGAACUUCAGCAGAUUAGAAACGACAUUUGGAAGAGGUCUGGAGAAUUUGAAAACAAUAAAACUCUGGGUGAAACAUUUAUUUCAUCCUGUGACGUUGACCAGGAAGUGGUUAGGAAACAAAUUGAUAGCAUGAAGGAGAGAUGGGAUAAAAUCAACAACGUGGUGCUGCAGCAGGUGGAGUUCCUGGAGGCGACGGCGCGCAAGCUGGGCGAGUUCCAGGAGCGCGUGCGCGCGGUGGAGGCGCCGCUGCAGCGCUGCGAGGAGCGCCUGGCGGGCGCGCGUGGCGCGACGCCGGCCGCAGCGCGCGACGCUGUGGCGCGCCUGGCCGACCAGCUGCACGCGCUCCGCGCACCGCUGCAGAGUGUACACUCAGCAGCCGAUGAUAUAAUUUCCCUUGCACUUGAGUGCGGAGGACCAGAACUGGCAAAUAGGGCGCGGCCCGUAUUGGAAGAGACCGCUAGAGCUCUGGCCGAACGUUUGCAACUCUUAGAAGCCCAAGCUGAUGACGCUCGAGACAAACUGGCCGGUGCUACUGCUGCACUAGCACAGUUCCAGGACAAAGUUAAGGGCGUAUCACAGGACCUAUCCGACUUGGAAAAGGAGCUGGACGGUAUGAAAGCUCCAGGUCGCGACAUAAAAACAGUCCGCCAACAACUAGAUGAUCUCGGACGCUUCUAUAAGCGCCUGGAAAACGCAGAAGAUCUUAUCGCGGAUACCGAAAGGGCGGCAGAGAACUUGGUCGAUAGUGGACACUCCGUCGACACUUCAAAGACCCGGGAUCAGGUGGAAAGUCUACGUAAAAAGCUAGGCAAACUGGAUGAACGUGCUCGUUCUAAGGAGCAAGACCUGGAUGACACUUUAAGUAAACUGGAGGCAUUCUACAAGGCGUAUGAUUCGGUUAUGGAUGACGUACAAGAGGCGUCGGAACAAGUGCGUAGUUUGAAACCGGUAUCGUCAGAGGUAGAACAAAUUCGUUCACAGCAGAAGGACUUCGCGGAUCUUAAGCGACAAACCUUGGAGCCCUUGGGACAGAAUGUUGCACAUUGCAACAAGAUCGGCCAGGGUCUGGUGCGGUCAGCGUUGCAGGGCGUCUCUACGCAACAGCUCGAGAAGGAUCUAGAGAAGAUGAACGACAGGUGGAACGCGCUUAAGGAGAAGAUGAACGAGCGCGAGCGACGGCUGGACGUGGGGCUGCUGCAGUCGGGCAAGUUCGCCGAGGCGCUGGCCGGCCUGGAGAAGUGGCUCGCCGACACCGAGGACAUGGUCCACAACCAGAAGCCGCCCUCCGCCGACUACAAGGUCGUCAAGGCGCAGCUCCAGGAACAAAAGUUCCUGAAGAAGAUGCUGAUGGACCGGCAAAACUCGAUGUCGUCUCUGUUCGCGAUGGGCAACGAAGUGGCGGCCGGCUGCGAGCCAGCGGAACGCAAGAGUAUAGAGAAGCAGCUGAAGGGACUCAUGCAGCGUUUCGACGCUCUCACCAACGGGGCUCAACAGCGCAUGCUGGACUUGGAGCAAGCCAUGAAGGUCGCGAAACAAUUCCAAGAAGAACUUCAACCAUUAGUGGAAUGGCUAUCCAGCGCAGAGCGCCAGGUCAAGGCUUUGGAGCUCGUGCCCACUGACGAGGAGAAGAUUCAGCAAAAGAUCAGGGAACACAAGAUUCUCCAUGACGAUAUCCUUUCGAAACAACCGGCGUUCAAGCAGCUCACUGAAACUGCCUCAACACUAAUGGCUCUGGUUGGAGACGAUGAGGCCACGGCCUUAGCGGAUCGACUACAAGCCGGUACCGACAGAUACCAAGCGUUAGUAGAACACAGCUUGAACAUCGGCGAACUUCUAGACAACUCUCGCAAAGGUCUCCGCCAUCUCGUGCUGACGUACCAAGACCUAUCUGCUUGGAUGGAUGUGAUGGAACAGUACCUAGCUAAGAGGAAGAUACUGCCGGUGCAUAUGGAAAAAUUGCUUAGACAGAUGGACGAGUUAGCAGAGAAAACCGAAGAAAUUGCGGCGAAACAGGAAGCUGUAGACAGCACAGUGGAGUCUGGUUUAGAACUAAUGAAGCACAUCUCUGGAGACGAGGCUCUGCAGCUUAAGGACAAACUAGACGCAUUGCAGCGGCGAUACAACGAUCUCACGAGCCGCGGAGCAGAGUUGCUGCGUGUUGCUUCCGAGACCUUACCGUUGGUGCAACAAUUAACCAACAGCCAUACCAAAUUAACAGAAUGGAUGUCCGGAGCGGAAUCAUGCUUACAAUCUGUAGAGCCGCGUGAAGAAGAUAUACUGAGAUUGGAGGCUGAAAUUCAAGAGUACAGGCCAGUACUUGAAAACAUCAAUCUGAUAGGACCACAGUUGUGCCAGAUUUCGCCUGGUGAGGGCGCCACUCACAUAGAGGGCAUAGUGACCCGAGACAACCGACGCUUCGACGCCAUUGCUGAGCAAGUACAGAGGAAGGCUGAAAGAGUGUUGCUCAGCAAGAAGCGGUCGCUGGAGGUGGCGGGCGACAUGGAGGAGCUGGUGGAGUGGCUGCGCGCGGCGGACGCAGCGCUGCGCGGGGCCGAGCCGCCGGGCGUGGCGCCGGCGCGGCUGCGCGCGCAGCUGGCGGCGCAGCGCCCGCUGGCCGACGAGGUGGCCGCGCAGCGCGUGCGCGCCCGGGACCUGCUCGCGCAGGCCAAGAAGGUGCUCCGCGAAUGCCAGUCGAGCGAGGAGGCUGCGGUAAUCCGCGAGCGCAGUGAAGAGCUGCGCGAGAUGAUGGACGAGGUGGGCCGCCUCAGCGCCGCGCGCCUCGCUGCGUUAGAGCAGGCGUUGCCGCUCGCCGAACACUUCGCCGACACGCAUCACGGAUUGUCAUCAUGGUUAGACGAGAUGGAGGAUCAAAUCCAGAUGCUGGCCAUGCCGGCGCUUCGCCCCGAGCAGAUCGUUCAGCAGCAAGACAAAAAUGAGUUGCUGCAACAAUCUAUCGCCGGGCACAAGCCGCUGGUAGACAAACUAAUGAAGACUGGUGAAGCGUUGUCUAAACUCUGCGGAGAGGAGGACGCAUCGAAAUUACAGGACAUAGUGGAGACUGACUGCGAACGAUACAACGCGCUACGAGCAGAGCUGAGACAGCGUCAACAAGAAUUAGAACAGGCGUUACAGGAGUCAUCGCAGUUCUCGGACAAGUUGGAAGGGAUGCUGCGUGCUCUGGCCGGCACUGCAGAUCAACUUCAACACGCCGAGCCAGUGUCCGCCCACCCGCCUAAGAUACAGGACCAAAUCGAGGAGAACAAUGCCUUAUCUGAAGACCUGGACAAGCGACAAGAGGCGUACAACGCAGUUCAGCGCGCCGCCACUGACGUCAUCAGCAAGGCCAACAAGAGCGAUCCGGCUGUCAGAGACAUACGCAACAAGCUCGACAAGCUUAACAAGUUAUGGGAUGACGUGCAAAAGGCGACGAGUGCCCGCGGGUCGUCGCUGGAGAGCGCGCUGGAGUGCGCGCGGCGCUUCUGGCAGCAGCUGCACGCCGUCAUGCGCACGCUGCACGAGCUGGAGGACGCGCUGGGCGCGCAGCCGCCGCCCGCCGCCCAGCCGCGCGCCAUCCAGCUGCAGCAGGUGGCGCUGCAGGAGAUCCGCCACGAGAUCGACCACACCAAGCCCGAGGUUGAGAAAGUCCGCAAGACCGGUUCGACUCUCAUGUCGAUAUGUGGUGAGCCGGACAAACCUGAGGUCAAGAAGCACAUGGAAGAUCUGGACAACGCAUGGGAUAAUAUCACAGCGCUGUACGCUAGGAGAGAAGAGAAUCUCAUCGACGCCAUGGAGAAGGCCAUGGAGUUCCACGACACAUUACAGAAUCUCCAAGAGUUCCUAGACUCAGCGGAGGACAAAUUCUCCAAUAUGGGUCCCCUGGGCUCCGACAUUGACGCGGUCAAACGUCAGAUCGCACAACUAGCUACCUUCAAACAAGAAGUCGACCCGCACAUGGUCAAAGUAGAGGCCUUGAACAGGCAAGCGCAGGAGCUGACGGAGCGCACGUCCGCGGAGCAGGCGGCGGCCAUCAAGCAGCCGCUGACGGAGGUGAACGCGCGCUGGUCGGCGCUGCUGCGCGGCAUGGUGGAGCGCCAGCAGCAGCUGGAGCGCGCGCUGCUGCGCCUGGGCCAGCUGCAGCACGCGCUGCGCGACCUGCUGGCCUGGCUGCAGCGCACCGCCGACACGCUCGACGCGCUGCACCCGGUGGCAGGCGAGCCUCAGAUCCUAGAAGUGGAGUUGGCGAAAUUGAAGGUGCUGGUGAACGACAUCGCGGCCCACCAGGCCAGCGUCGACACCAUCAACGACGCGGGCGCGCACAUCGUGCAGCACGGCAGUGAAGAGGCGGGAGAGACUGCCGAAAAGCUAGCAACACUGAAUAAGCAGUGGCGCACGCUGCAACAAAAAGCUAGAGACCGACAAACGGAGCUCGAAGACGCACUUCGAGAGGCACAAAGCUUUAACGCGGAGAUCGGAGACUUACUUUCAUGGCUGUCGGAGGUUGAUGCUGUGAUUGCAGCUUCGAAGCCAGUGGGAGGACUUCCAGAGACCGCGUCAGAACAACUAGAGAGGUUUAUGGAAGUGUAUAACGAAAUCGAAGCCAACCGGCCUAAGAUGGAGGCCGUACUACAACAAGGCCAGGAGUACCUGAAGCGGCAGGAGAAGCCGAACCCGACGUCGCAACUACAUCACAACCUCAAGAACUUGAAGUCCAGAUGGGAUAAUGUCACUUCUAGGGCCUCGGAUAAGAAGAUCAAAUUGGAGAUAGCUCUGAAAGAAGCAACGGAAUUCCAUGACGCAUUACAAUCGUUCGUAGACUGGCUGACGAGCGCUGAGAAGACCUUGACCUCCGCCAAACCUGUAUCCAGGAUCAUGGAGACACUGCUAACCCAAAUCGAAGAGCACAAAUCCUUCCAAAAGGAAGUCGCCACGCACCGCGAGACGAUGCUCCAACUGGACAAGAAGGGAACCCACCUCAAGUACUUCAGCCAAAAGCAGGACGUGAUUCUCAUCAAGAAUCUGUUGGUAUCUGUGCAGCAUCGCUGGGAGAGAGUCGUCUCCAAGGCAGCCGAGAGGACCAGGGCCUUGGACCACGGCUUCAAAGAGGCCAAGGAGUUUAGUGAGAUGUGGAAUAACUUAAUGAACUGGCUGUCGGAGACCGACCAGCAACUUGACCAGCUCAACUCUGAAGCCAUCGUUAACGACCCAGAGAAGAUCAAACAGAGAUUAAACAAACAUCGUGAGUUCCAAAAGGCCUUGGCCGCUAAACAGCCCGCUUACGACCUAACAACGAAGACCGGCAAGAACCUGAAAGAUAAAGCACCGAAGACCGAUGAACCCACGCUCAAGACCAUGCUCGCAGAUCUCAAGUCCAAGUGGACUACAGUUUGCUCUAAGGCUGUCGAAAGACAAAGGCGACUGGAAGAAGCACUGCUGUACUCUGGUCAGUUCAAGGACGCCAUGUCGGCUCUCCUUGACUGGCUGAAGAAGCAGGAGAAGCAGUUGUCUGGAGACUCACCCGUACAUGGUGAUCUCGACACUGUGAUGGCUUUGAUAGAACAGCACAAGCAAUUCGAAGAAGACCUACAUUCACGGGAGCAACAAAUGCAAUCCGUUAUGAAAACCGGCAAAGAUCUAGAAGCAACUGUUCCAGUGGAAGAUGCCUCCAACAUCAAGCAACAGUGCAGUGAACUUAAACAAGCUUGGGAGACGGUUCAAAGCCUGAGUGAGAAGAAAGCGCAAAAACUUGAAAUUGCACUUAAAGAGGCGGAGCGGCUGCACAAGGCGGUAAACAUGCUGCUGGAGUGGCUGUCGGACGCCGAGACGCGGCUGCGCUUCUCGGGCCAGCUGCCCGACGCCGAGGCGGACGCCGCGCGCCAGCUGCGCGACCACCAGCAGUUCGUGCGCGAGCUGCACGACAAGCUGCACGACAAGGACACAACCGUCGCGCUCGCUCACUCGCUGCUCGCCAAGGCGCACCCCGACGCCGUCUCCGUCAUCAAGCACUGGAUCACCAUCAUACAGAGUCGCUGGGACGAGGUAUGGCAAUGGGCAAUGCAGCGCGGCAACAAACUCGAAGCCCACAUGCAGAGUCUUAAAGAUCUGGAUCUAGUGCUGGAGGAACUUCUGCAAUGGCUCACCGGACUAGAGAACACCUUGAUAUCAAUGGAGUCUGAGCCUCUGCCGGAAUCAAUCGAACUACUGGAAGGUCUUAUAGAAGAUCACAAAGAACUGAUGGAGCACACGCAGAAGAGACAGAACGAAGUCGACCGAGUUUGCAAAGCCUACCAGGUCAAGAGCCAGAGUCAAGGUCGCGACACAACACCACGAAAGAUAUCGGCCAAAAGUGCUACAAAGGGAACGCCUGGGCGCGGCUCUCAACACGAUUUGCACAGGGAGCGAUCUGUGUCGCCGGAUUAUUAUGGCAGUAGGCGUUUCAGGUCCAGGAUACACAGUCGAAGUAGGAGAGGAAGUCGCGUGAGCCCCGGUCGCGAGACACCGGACCGCAAUCUGCCGCACUACGGGCCGCGAUUCCCGCCACGGGGAAGCAAAGGCGCGGAACCGGAGUUCCGUUCACCACGCGUGAAGCUAUUGUGGGACAAGUGGCGCACGGUGUGGCUGCUGGCCUGGGAGAGGCAACGCAGGCUGCACGAGCGUCUGGCUCAUCUCCGAGAGCUCCAACGUGUGUCCAACUUCAGUUGGGAUGACUGGAGGAAGCGGUUCCUCAAGUUCAUGAACCACAAGAAGUCGCGCCUGACGGACCUGUUCCGCAAGAUGGACAAGGACAACAACGGCCUCAUACAGCGGAACGAGUUCAUAGACGGAAUUAUCAACACCAAAUUCGACACAUCCCGUCUCGAAAUGGGCGCUGUAGCGGACCUGUUCGACAGGAACGGCGCAGGCCUUAUCGACUGGGAGGAAUUCAUUGCGGCCCUUAGACCUGAUUGGGUGGAGCGACGCGGGCCGCCCACGGACGCGGAUAAGAUACACGACGAGGUGAAGAGGCUGGUCAUGUUGUGCACGUGCCGCCAGAAGUUCCGCGUUUUCCAGGUCGGAGAGGGCAAAUACCGGUUCGGCGAUUCGCAAAAGCUGCGUCUGGUUCGAAUCCUGCGCUCCACCGUCAUGGUGCGAGUGGGAGGUGGAUGGGUGGCGCUCGACGAGUUCCUCGUCAAGAACGACCCCUGCAGAGCUAAGGGACGCACGAACAUCGAACUGCGGGAACAGUUCAUAUUGGCCGAUGGAGUAUCACAGAGCAUGGCAGCGUUCCGACCACGUACGCCCCGCUCUAACACAAAUACGCCACCAUCCACAGGACCUAUAACAAAGGUAAGGGAACGAACAGUUCGCUCUGUGCCCAUGUCAGGGACAGGAGCUACUGGUCGCGCGUCAAGAUCUUCUCUCAGCGCUGGUACACCUGAUUCUCUUAGUGAUAAUGAAGCAGCAAGUGGACUCGGAACCAGAUAUAGGAAACCAAGUGUGCCUAGAUCAACUCUAACACCUGGUGGUUCACGACCAGGUUCAAGGCCAGGGUCAAGGACGGGAUCCAAACCACCUUCAAGGCAUGGAUCGAACCUCUCCCUAGAUAGUACAGACGAAGUUUUAACACCAUCCCGUAUCCCGAUGCGUAAAGUGACAAAUACGCGGGCAUCAACAGCUCGAGCUGCUGCUACAGCUAGUAAGCUAGGAGUAACCACGCCUAAUGGUGGAUCCCGGCCAAGGACACCGACAGGUUUCCUUACACCGGCCAGUGGAAGGUAUACCAGCGGGGGGAUGUAUCGCACGUCCAGUAUACCGACACUGUCACCGGUGCCGGCCUUAGUGAGCUCGACACAUUCCCAACCGUCGUCGAUGGCAUCUGAACAUCCCAAAUCUCUAUCAUAUAACCAUCCAGCAUUCCAAACCCAAGGUUCCACAAAGAUACCGGUAUAUGUCGGCAACCGUUCACAAAGGUCACCCUCCGUUGAUCGAAGUCUGAAAAUACCACGUAAAUCUCACUCCAGAGAAAUUUCUUUAGAACCUAGUCCUACAUCCCAUGAUCCCUCGCGAAAAUCCGACCAGAGGAGUCCAGAAGAUGAUUCUUCACUGUUCAGCAUAUCUGGAAUGACGAGCGACAAUGAAUAUGAAAGUAAUAUAAGCGAGUCAAGUGGUGAAGCACCAAAGCCAACUCAGCGCAACGUUAAAGGGAGCGGGUCGUUUGCCUCCACGGAAGGACAAACACCUGGCCGAAGUCGCAUACCGGUUCUUAAGGAUCAGCACACUAACAGUAACGUUACUAGGCAAAGGACGCCAUCGGGCAGUACCACACCCGUGCGACCUGGACAACAGACAGCGACUUCACGUUUGCUCCGAAAAAAAUCAGAUGCGUCAGAUAGUGGAGCACCUACUACGCCUCUGACUCGACGCGGCACUCCAGCAUCAUCUCGAACUACGGAGAAACGCGAACCGUUCCGACUUUAG